UUGAAAAUGGAGGGAAAUUAAACCCUAAAACCCCAGCAAAUGGGUUCAUGCAAUGCACCCAACAUGAAAUAAAUAAAUAAAGAUUGGAAAAAAAGACAUUCCAGUUCAGGUCAUUCACUGACACUGCACACUUCAUUUUUGUGAACAUAAGUAAACACUAUUAUUCCUCUUUUGUUUGGUGUUUCCAUUCAAUGGCGAGGCUGCUUCGCAACGCUCACACUUCCCUCCUCAAGCGUUCCCUCUUCAACUCCGACCUAUUUACGCGGUUGUGCUUUGAACCAGGAGUACUGGGCGCGUCUAAAGUUUUGAGCUUUUCAACUCAUAAAGGUAAAAGGCGUUCUAAAUCAGAUGGAAGUGACUCUGGUGAAGAAAACAUGUCUAAGAAAGAUUUGGCCCUACAACAAGCUAUUGAUCAGAUCACUUCUGCAUAUGGAAAGGGAUCUAUCAUGUGGCUUGGUCGUUCUGUAUCCCCUAAAAAUGUACCUGUUGUGUCGACUGGUUCUUUUGCUCUUGAUAUAGCACUGGGAGUUGGCGGUCUUCCAAAGGGUCGUGUUGUGGAAAUAUUUGGUCCAGAGGCUUCUGGGAAAACAACUCUUGCUUUGCAUGUGAUUUCGGAGGCACAGAAGCUAGGAGGUUAUUGUGCCUUUGUUGAUGCUGAGCAUGCACUUGAUAAGACACUUGCAGAGUCAAUUGGUGUAAAUACUCAGAACUUACUUCUCUCACAACCCGAUUGUGGUGAACAAGCACUUAGCCUUGUGGAUACCUUAAUCCGGAGUGGUUCAGUUGAUAUAAUUGUUGUUGACAGUGUGGCUGCUCUUGUUCCUAAAGGAGAGCUUGAUGGUGAGAUGGGUGAUGCUCACAUGGCAAUGCAGGCUAGGUUGAUGAGCCAGGCGCUACGGAAAUUAUGCCACUCCUUAUCACUUUCACAGUGUAUAUUGAUUUUUAUAAACCAGGUGAGGUCAAAGAUUUCUACUUUUGGGGGAUUUGGUGGGCCCACUGAAGUUACUUGUGGUGGUAAUGCGCUGAAGUUCUAUGCUUCUGUGCGGCUAAAUAUCAAAAGAGUAGGGUUUGUCAAGAAGGGUGAAGAGACUUUAGGAAGCCAGGUUCUUGUCAAGGUUGUGAAGAACAAGCAUGCUCCUCCAUUUAAAACUGUACAGUUUGAGCUUCUGUUUGGCAAGGGCAUUAGUAGAGAAGGAGAGAUCAUUGAGUUGAGCAUAAAAUACAAACUCAUAAAAAAGAAUGGUUCAUUUUAUGAAUAUAAUGGCCAGAAUUUCCAUGGUAAGGAUGCUCUAAAGAAGUUCUUGGCCGAGGGUGAUGGUGCACAGGUAUUAACAACAAAGCUAAGGGAAAAGAUUCUUAAUGCCGAGCCAGAACUGGCACCAGAGGCACAGUUGAUGGUUGGAGAUGUUACAGAAGAAACGGUAUCGCUUGAUUCUACUGAUGAAGAAGCAGCUGCUGCUGUAUAAGCAUGAAUUUGCAAAUGGCUUUAAAAAUGUGGUGU